ACACGCUGUGUCUUCAUCCUGUUGUGAUUUUGUUGUUGGUUUUCUGUCUUCGUUAGCUACAGCUAGCACCGCGGCUAAAAUAUGCCGAUUGGGAUUCAGCAUAUUUGUGUCUAUCGAGGUGUAUAAUCACUUUCCUCUGCACUAAGCUGUAAAGUCUGAGCUGAAAUGUUAAGCGUGGAGUCGUUGCAAGUUGCUGAGGAGGAGGUGGUUGAAUCCAGCUCCAAUAAACUCGGUGACAUUUACACUUUUGUGGCUAAAGGCAGUUUCCCUCAGACGAUGAAUCCUUUACGAAAGAAGAAUCUCAAAAGAUACGCUCAGAAAUUUAUCAUUGACGAGGGCAAGCUGUACUAUGUGGGGCCCAAGAAAGACGAGAAGAGGGAGGUGGUGAUUGAGGCUGAGAGGAAGAGGCAGAUCUUUCUCGACUGCCACUUCAAUGACAUCGGCCAUCACCUGGGCCAAAAAAAGACCGUCCACAGGAUCCAGAGCAAGUACUACUGGCUUGGGAUCAUCAAGGAUGUAGUGGAUUGGAUUAAAGUGUGUGAGACCUGUCAGCACACAGAGAGGAAUAAAAACCUGGCAAGGACUGUCCGGCCUAUAAAAGUGGACGCACCUUGGGAUAUUGUUGGGAUUGACAUCAUAGGACCUUUCCCAGAGACCCAGCAAGGCAACACUUAUGUUAUAGUCCUCAUUGAUUACCUUAGUAAAUGGCCAGAAGCAUUUCCAGUGCAAAAGACAGAUGCUUUCUCUGUUGCAAGAUGCAUCUCCAAAUGUAUAUACAGGUUUGGUGCCCCUAAAACAAUAGUGUGCACACAGAAUGCUGACUUCUGUGAUGAGGUGACAAAGCUGCUGUGCGACAGAUGGAGCAUCGCGCAGAAAGUUUCUCCUCAGAUACAACCUCAGCUCAACCCGCUCCACGACUGCACGAGUCCUUUACUGAAGGAAGCCGUUGUGCAGAUGGUAACAGAGAAGCAGACCGAAUGGGAUGACUUUCUCGACCCUGUGCUGUUUUUAUUCAGGACGUCCACAAACCCUACGACUAAGUUCAGCCCUUACUCCCUCAUGUUCAACAGGAAAGCUAAUUUACCCAGUGAGACUACACUGAGCCUGCUGAAUUAUGAUGAACCAGAGCAAGAUAUGUAUUCCAUAAAGGAGAAGGCCUCUACAUAUAUGACAGUAAUGCAGGAGCAACAAAACUCUGUCAAGGAGCUGGUGAUAGCCAAUAUGAACGCUGCCUACAAACAAGAGAAGAAAAAGAACACUAAACGCAGGACACAUAACAUGCCCUCAAUGACCUUUAAAAUCGCAGAUCCUCUGUUCGGGGCAGGAGACUCACCCUCGCCAAAAAAACUGAAAGACAGUUUAUAUUUGUCUUUUCCUGUUGAGACGGUGCUGGCCACCGAGCAAAGCAGCUCAGAAGACAUAAAGACUGAGUUAGCGUAUCACUUGGCUGAGUCUGAUGUCCACUGAGGACAGUCUGGAAAGACUGGAGAGAAGACACACCAGCGGAGCACGACUACUACAGGUCGCCAUGAGCUACCAGAAGUCAGGAGACAGAAAUCCAGAUGUGUGUGUGAUUAUUAGAGCUGCUGAUGCUCAGUCAGUUGAACACACUGCGAGCUGUAGAAGUCUCACACUUAGAAUCCACCGGCCAAAGAAACAGCAGCAAACACUGAACCACAUGAACUGUUGAACUAUUUUCCCCAUUUCCCUACAAAAAAGUGUUGUUUCCCAUGAAAAUGUUAACUUAUUGAACAUUUGUUGUACUAUGUUUUUACGCUGUAAUGCUUUGAAAUACAGGCAUUGUUUCAUUUCUGAA